GACGUCAUUACCCCCCACCUCCCUUGUCACUUUCAAUCCUUCUCAAAUCGUUUUGUCGACUCACUGCGAAAUAUAGAGAUGAGAGUCUCAGGUCACAGGAUCACAUCACUCUUCCUCUUCCUCUUCCUCUCUCUCUACAUUCAUCGCCUUCAAGCCCGUCCCUUAGUUCUCGUUCUCUCCAACGACGAUCUCAACGGCGGCUUCGAUGCCGACGGCGCAUACGGUUCCCCUGAUUUCGACGAGUUUGGGGAAUCCGAGUCUAUGUCCGAGGAGGAGCUUGAUCCCGGUUCCUGGCGUCCAAUCUUCGAGCCGAACGAUUCCGCCGUCCACUCCGCCUCGCCGCAGUAUUACUCCGGGCUCCACAAGAUUCUCUCGGCGGCGAGCGAGGGAAACACCGAAUUGAUGGAUGAGGCGGUUUCAGAGAUAGAUUCGUCUGCGUCCUCAGGAGAUCCGCACUCGCAGUCGGUGAUGGGGUUCGUGUACGGGAUUGGGAUGAUGCGGGAGACGAGCCGCGGCAAAUCGAUUUUGCACCACCACUUCGCGGCCGAGGGAGGAGAUAUGCAGUCCAAGAUGGCCCUUGCUUUCAAAUAUCUUCGACAAAAUAUGCAUGAUAAAGCCGUACAACUAUAUGCUGAACUAGCCGAGACAGCAGUGAAUAGCUUUCUGAUCUCAAAGGAUUCUCCAAUGGUUGAGCCAGUUAGAAUCCACAGUGGAACAGAGGAGAACAUAGAUGCGCUAAGGAAAUCUCGCGGAGAGGACGAUGAGGAUUUUCAGAUAUUGGAGUACCAGGCACAGAGAGGGAACUCUGCUGCAAUGUACAACAUGGGACUGUUAUACUACUUUGGUCUCAGAGGGUUAAGGCCUGAUCACGCCAAGGCACUGUACUGGUUUUCAAAGGCGGUAGACAAAGGAGAGCCGAUGUCGAUGGAGCUUCUAGGGGAGAUAUAUGCUCGAGGAGCUGCUGUUGAGAGAAAUUACGAAAAGGCACUUGAAUGUCUUACACUUGCAGCGAAUCAAGGUCUCUUUUCAGCAUUUAAUGGCCUUGGUUACUUGUAUGUCAAAGGCUAUGGAGUAGACAAGAGAAACUACACUAAGGCGAGAGAAUAUUUUGAGAAGGCCGCUAAUAAUGAAGACCCUAGCGGGCAUUAUAACCUAGGAGUGCUGUAUCUUAAAGGUAUUGGAGUCAAGAGGGAUGUGAGGCUGGCUACCAAAUACUUCUUGGUCGCUGCCAAUGCUGGCCAACCAAAAGCUUUUUAUCAACUCGCCAAGAUGUUCCAUACUGGCGUUGGGCUUACGAAGAACUUGGAAAUGGCAACGUCGUUCUAUAAGCUAGUGGCGGAAAGAGGACCAUGGAGUUCUCUCUCUAGAUGGGCUCUUGAAGCUUACUUGAAAGGUGAUGUGGGAAAGGCUUUUAUAUUGUAUUCGAGAAUGUCGGAGCUUGGUUAUGAAGUAGCACAAAGUAAUGCUGCCUGGAUCCUAGAUAAAUACGGGGAAAAAAGCAUGUGCAUGGGAGUAUCUGGGUUUUGCACAGACAAGGAGAGGCACGAGCGGGCUCAUUCCUUGUGGUGGCAUGCCUCUGAACAGGGAAAUGAACAUGCUGCAUUGCUUAUUGGAGAUGCAUAUUACUACGGUCGGGGUACAGAGAGGGAUUUCGUGCGUGCAGCUGAGGCAUACAUGUAUGCUAAAUCUCAGUCAAACGCACAAGCCAUGUUCAACCUUGGUUACAUGCAUGAGCAUGGAGAAGGUCUUCCCUUUGAUCUCCAUCUAGCUAAACGUUACUACGAUCAGGCCCUCCAGAGUGAUGCUGCUGCCAAAAUACCCGUCACGCUUGCUCUUGCGAGUUUAUGGGUUCGCAAAAACUAUGCUGACACCGUCAUGAUCAAAGUUCUGGAUUACUUACCAGAAGUGUAUCCGAAGGUGGAGGAAUGGGUAGAGAAUAUGGUGUUGGAAGAAGGAAAUGCGACCAUACUAACUCUCUUGCUCUGUCUUAUCACCGUUUUAUAUCUCCGGGGGAGACAACGUAGACAGGUGGUUUUGGAUCCCGUUGGUCCUGAUGUGGCUCAGCCUCUCGCUGGACCAGUAGCAGCCUUUCCCCAGUAAUCGCUUAACCAGGUGGAGUAAAUGAUGAGCAAGCACCAGAGAGACCAGUUACUCUGUACAGGUUCUAACUUAUCUCGAGUCUUUGACACACUGAACCAUAAGCCCAUAGCAGACGAUAAACUUUGUAUUUUGGUUCCCGUUUCCUUGGGUUUCAAGCAUAGCUAUUUCAGGACUGAUUUUCAGGUUUCUCUGUGACGCAUUUCGAUAUUUUAUUUACGGAUACGAAAUUUUGAGAAAACAAUAAUGGUUACAUAUUACAUUUUGGAUUGGAUCAAAGCCGUCGUUGUUAGUAAAUUUUUAUGACAAAAAAAAAGUGGUUUGCAGAAAAUGGUAAUGUCGCUGAUGGAUAAUCUGUUAGGUAUCCUCCGCGUUCGCGUCAAACGCGGCGUCAACCUCGCCGUCCGUGAUGUUUCCAGCAGCGAUCCUUACGUCGUCCUCAAGCUUGGCCGUCAGAAACUCAAAACAAGAGUGGUGAAGAAAAACGUAAACCCACAAUGGGAAGAAGAUUUAACAUUCACAGUCACAGACCCGAAUCUCCCGCUUAAUCUGGUUGUGUACGACCACGAUUUCUUCAGCAAGGAUGACAAAAUGGGAGACGCAGAGGUCGAUUUGAAACCGUACAUCGAAGCUCUACGAAUGGAGCUUUCCGGUUUACCAGACGGGACCAUCAUAACCACGAUCCAUCCAAGCCGCAGCAACUGUUUAGCCGAGGAAAGCUACGUCCGGUGUUGCAACGACAGAAUCGUUCAGAGCGUUUGCCUCCGUCUCCGUAACGUCGAGCGUGGUGAAGUCGAGAUCGAGCUCCAGUGGAUUGAUCUUCCCGGUUCUAAAGGCUUGUAAACAAAUCGGUGGGUGUGUCUUAUUGGGCCUCAAUGGGCUCAGAGGCCGAUUACAUAGUACAAACAUAAAGGCCCUUAAUAUUGCGGUUCGGUUUCGAUUGUUUUUGAGCAAAGGUAAUAAAAUAUUAACAGAUGAUAUUAAAUUUUAUUAUAUCUGUGUGAAACCAUUGGGUUUUGCGUCUCUGCCCAAGACGGCACGAAUUUUAGUGAUUGAUGUUUGUUUAAAGGAAUCGUCACGUUAUCUUGAG